AGUCACAUGAGUAAGAAGGGCUGGACUAUGUAUCCUUGAUGCCCAACCUGUUUGUGAAGCUCAAGGUGCUGAAGUCUGUCGCUCCUUCUGUCUGGGUCACAGAGCUCAUCUAUAACAAAAUGUCUGACACGGAAGAAGUCAUGGAGGAGGAAGUUCAGGAGGGAGAAGCACAAGAUGAGGCAACAGAUGAGUCAAAGCCCAAGCCUAAGUUCAUGACAAAUAUAACAGCCCCAAAGAUCCCCGAUGGUGAAAAAGUGGAUUUUGAUGACAUCCACAGGAAGCGUCAGGAGAAAGAUCUGUCUGAGCUGCAGUCUCUGAUCGAAGCUCACUUCAUCCAGAGGAAGAAAGAGGAGGAGGAGCUCAUUGCUCUCGUCAACAGGAUCGAGAAGCGUCGAGCAGAAAGAGCAGAGCAGCAGAGGAUCAGGGCAGAGAGAGAGAAGGAGAGGCAGGCCAGACUUGCGGAGGAGAAGGAGCGUAAGGAGCUGGAGGAGCAGCGCAAGAAGCAGGAUGAGGACGCCAAGAAGAAGAAGGCACUCUCAAACAUGACCCAGCAGUACAGUGCUGGACAAAAGAGUGACAACAGAAGAGGAGGCAAGAAACAAACCGAGAGGGAGAAGAAGAAGAAGAUCCUGGCUGAACGCAGGAAGCCUCUCAAUAUUGAUCAUCUGGGCGAGGAUAAACUCAAAGAGAAGGCCAACGAGCUGUGGCAGUGGCUGAUGGGGCUGGAGGCUGAGAAGUUUGAUCUCAGUGAGAAACUCAAAAGACAGAAAUAUGAUAUUAACCAGCUUCUUACCCGAGUCCAGGAUCACCAGAAUGCCAAAGGUCGUGGCAAGGGCAAGAUGGGCGGCCGGCUGAGGUAAAGCAGCUGCCAGACGAGGACGAGGCAAACCGAGAAACCAGUGAUUGGCCCUCGUGUCUGUUGUGUGUGUAUUCAAUGUUCUGUUAUGUUGGCUUACAUGUCCAUUAUCAUGAUAUCGAAACAAUAAAUAAGUCAUUACAUCCA